CGAGGACCUAAUCUAUGCCUAAAGUUCGGAUGUAUCAGUUACAAUUAGUUCGUUCUACAGUUGCGAUGUUAUAACAUUCGAUUUUACCUAUCUAUCCGUGUACGUUACCAUAUUCGGCGACCGCGGAAAUUCAUGUAUUUUUUGUGUGUGCGACAAGAGUUUUUAUUUUUCUUCCGAUGGCCGACGUAUCGCAAAUAUCCACGUUUUAUUCGGGUAGAAAAGUCCUCGUCACUGGAGGCACCGGAUGCAUGGGCAAAGUUUUAAUAUGGAAAUUACUCCAGAGCUGUCCCGAAGUGGACGUAAUCUACGUGCUAAUACGAUAUAAACAUUCCAAAACCCCGAUGGCUCGUAGAGAGGACGUUUUCGGAGCACCGAUUUUUGACAACUUUAAAAAUGAUAAUCCUGAGAUUUUGAAUAAAGUGGUAUUUAUAUCUGGAGAUGUUGGAGAAGAAGGAAUAGGAUUAUCAGAUGAAGAUCGAGAUGUACUGAUUGACGACGUCUCCAUCGUGUUUCAUGGAGCUGCUAUCUUGAAAAUGGACGCCGAUUUGCGUUCAGCAAUUAAUGUCAAUACUGUUGGAACUAUUCGAAUGCUGGAUUUAGCUCAGAAAAUGAAAAAAUUGGAGGCAUUUGUUCACAUCUCUACAGCAUUUUGCUGUUGUGAAAAUCAUGAAGUUGCAGAAAGAAUUUAUCCUUCGAAGCACAACCCUUACGAUGUAAUCAAUCUGACUCGAUGGAUGGAACCUGAUUUGUUGGAUACGAUAACACCACGGUUGAUUUAUCCAUUGCCAAACACUUACAUUUAUAGCAAACGGUUGACAGAAUCUUUACUACUAGAUUAUGAGUCCAAGGUUCCCAUUAUUGUUGCUAGACCCAGUAUUGUUAUUCCAGCCUAUCAAGAACCUUUACCCGGAUGGAAUGAUAACCUUAAUGGACCCACGGGACUAUUCGUGGCUGGAGGUAGAGGCCUAAUGCGUACUUCUAUGAUGAACAUAGACACAAGAUCUGAUAUAAUUCCUGUCGAUAUUGCCAUCAACGCUAUAUUAACUUUACCUUGGGCGAAUCCUCAAGAAAAAUUAAUGAAAGAAAUUGGCGUGUAUAAUAUAUCGCAAACUGCUUACGAUGAUAUGACAUGGCGUGAUAUACUUCGUUUAUUUGAUAAGAGUCUUAAAAGUUACCCGCCAAAUACAAUGUUAUGGUAUCCAACUUUGAAUGGAUUCACCAAUAAUGUGCUGGAGUAUACGAUCAAAAGCAUUUUUAUGCAUUAUAUACCCGCUUAUAUAAUUGAUUUCAUAUUGAUGUUGAUUGGUCAAAAACCAUUUUUGGUUCGAGUUCACGAUAAACUCCGACAAGGUGAAAAAGUAUUGAGGUAUUUUUCGCAGCAGCAAUGGACAUUCUUGCAUGACAACAUAUUGCAAGUGGACAAACUUCUAAGCGAUGCUGACAAGCAAAUUUUUCCGGUCAAUAUGAAUGUAGUAAAAGAUACCCAGAUUUAUGUGGACAAUUCCGUAAUUGGGGCGAAACUUUUCAUUUUUAAAGAAGACAUGAAUACUUUGAAUAGCGCGAAAAGAACAGCCGCGAUAAUGUAUGUUGUUGAUAAAUUGGCACUCGUACUAAGGUACUGGAUUUUAUGGAAGGUGCUCGUGUUCACGUUCAACAUAAUUUUGGACGCAUUUCAAGUGCAAUAAUGGGAAGAACUUGUGAAGAAAAAAAAUACCUACGUUUUUAUCAUUAUGUUAGAUAUUAAAAGUGAAAGAACUUCUGAGAUGAAGUAUCUUUUCAUGGGGGUCGAAUCCAUUUUCAAGAAUAUUGAAUAAUAUGAUAGGUACCUAAGUAAUGAGGAUUUGCAGAAAAAUAUCUACUCAAAAUUAGGUACAUCGCAAGAGACCCCCAUGACUACUAAACUUGUACUCAUUCACCCACCAACUCCUUGUUCAUUUUAUUUUAUUUGUUUAUUUAUUUUUAGAUAGGUAUACCUAUCUUGAAAUUGUUAUUGUGUAAUAAAUGAAUAACGUCAUGUGAGGUGAACAUUUUCGAUGCAUUUCAAAUAAAAUUUUGUGCGUAAUUACUCUCGUAA